AUGUUUAGCGUUAAGGAUUUAGUUGAAUCGAAUUGUUCGAGGUCUGUUCCCUCCAACUACAUUUGCCUUAAAAGUCCCGAAGAUUCCUUAUUGUAUGAAGAAGAGAAUAUUCCAACCAUUGAUUUUUCCCAACUCACCUCUUCCAAUCCCGAUGAAAGCUCCAAGGCAAUCCAACAACUAGGCUAUGCUUGCCGUGAUUGGGGUUUCUUUAUGCUAAUCAAUCAUGGGGUGUCGGAGACACUGAGGGAUGAGCUACUUAGGACAAGCCAAAGCUUUUUUGAUCUGACUGAGGAAGAGAAGAGGCAGUACGCAGGAGAGAAGCUAUUUGAUCCAAUAAGAUGUGGUACAAGCUUCAAUGUCAUGGUGGACAAGACUCUUUUCUGGAGAGAUUAUCUCAAAUGUCACGUUCACCCUCACUUCAAUGCUCCUUCCAAGCCCCAUGGAUUUAGCGAAACUUUAGAGGAAUACAGCAAAAAGGCCAGGGAACUGACUAGCGAGUUGCUAAAAGGAAUAUCUACGAGCUUGGGCCUAGAAGAAAACUACAUACAUAAAAGAAUGAAUGUAGAGCUGGGCUCCCAAUUGCUGGUUAUCAACUUUUACCCACCUUGUCCUAAGCCCGAACUUGUAAUGGGCCUUCCUGCCCACACAGACCAUGGGCUUCUGACCCUCCUAAUGCAAAACGACCUUGGAGGGCUUCAAAUUCAACACAACGAAAAGUGGAUUCCUGUACACCCUUUACCUAACUCCUUUCUCAUCAACACUGGGGAUCACCUCGAGAUUCUGACCAACGGAAAAUACAAGAGCGUUGUUCAUCGUGCUGUAGUGAAUAAGAAAGGUCCUAGAAUUUCCGUUGGCAUUGCACACGGGCCACCCCUUGACAACAUUGUUGGCCCUGCACCUGAGUUGCUUAACGAGAAUACUCCCCCAGCAUAUCGUGCCAUCAAAUAUAGAGAUUAUUUGCAGCUUCAGCAAAGCCAUGAACUCGACAGAAAAUCCUGCUUGGAUCGUGUUCGAAUUUGA